UGUUCAGUCAACGCGCUGCUGCUGGGAGGAGGCACUACCGACAUUUCGUCUUUGACAGCCGGCCGGAGACACCUCUCCUUCAGGGAACAUUUUCACACGGCCUCGGCCCACUGUCCCGUGUAGCUUGUUUGUUGUCCAAGCAGAGCGGGAAAAAGAAGAAAUAAGCUAGGAAGCCGUCGGCUCCGCGGGGGUAGCCAGAGCUGAGGGGAAGCAGAACAGACCCUGCCCUCCCUGAUUGGAGAGGGAGUCACGACCACAGCUCCAGCCGCGCAGACCGUCUUUGCCUCCACCAUGCAGUCCUCCGUCCUUCUCCUGCUCUCCACGAUCUUCCUCCUGUCCCUCCUCAUCCCCAGCUGCUCCUCCCAGAGCGAUGCAGACCUCAUUGUUCAAACACGUAGCGGUCGGGUCCGCGGCGUCCGCAUGCCGGUGCCGGACCGAAGCUUUGUCACCUCUUUCCUGGGCAUCCCCUUCGCAGAGCCACCUGUAGGGAAGCGGCGUUUCCGUCGUGCCGAGCCUAAGCGUCCGUGGACAGGAGUGUACGAGGCAACCUCCUACCCCAACGCCUGCUACCAGUUUGUGGACACGUCGUUCCCCGGCUUCCAGGGCAGCGAGAUGUGGAACCCCAACAGAGACAUGAGCGAGGACUGCCUAUACCUCAAUAUCUGGGUGCCCUCCUCGCCCAGACCGCAUAAUCUCACCGUCAUGGUGUGGAUCUACGGCGGAGGGUUCUACAGCGGUUCUUCUUCUCUGGACGUGUAUGACGGCCGUUACCUCGCUCACAGUGAGACGGUCAUCGUGGUUUCCAUGAACUACCGGAUCGGUGCCUUCGGCUUCCUGGCUCUGCACGGCUCCUCUGAGGCUCCGGGCAACGUGGGUCUGCUGGACCAGAGGAUGGCGCUGCAGUGGGUACAGGACAACAUCCAUUUGUUCGGAGGAAACCCCAAACAGGUUACUAUCUUUGGUGAGAGCGCUGGAGGAGCUUCAGUAGGAUUCCACCUCUUGUCUCCAGACAGCCGGCCAACCUUCACCAGAGCCAUCCUCCAGAGCGGCGUCCCCAACUGUCCGUGGGCCUCGGUCAGCCCUGCAGAGGCCCGCAGACGAGCCACGCUGCUGGGCAAACUGGUCGGCUGCAAUGGAGGCAACGAUACCGAGCUGGUGGACUGUCUGCGCGGUAAACAUCCUCAGGACCUCAUCGACCAGGAGUGGCAGGUCCUGCCGUGGUCGGCCCUCUUCAGGUUCUCCUUUGUCCCCAUGGUGGAUGGUGAGAUUCUGCCCGACACUCCCGAGGCCAUGCUCAACUCAGGCAACUUUAAAGACACUCAGAUCCUGCUUGGGGUCAACCAGGACGAGGGCUCCUACUUUCUGCUUUACGGCGCUCCGGGAUUCAGCAAGGACAACGAGAGCCUUAUCUCCAGAGAGGACUUCCUGGAAGGUGUCAAGCUGAGCGUACCACAUGCUAAUGACAUUGGCCUGGAAGCCGUGGUGCUGCAGUACACUGACUGGAUGGAUGAGAAUAACGGGGUGAAAAACCGUGAGGCGUUGGACGACAUCGUGGGCGACCAUAACGUCAUCUGCCCGCUGGCCCACUUUGCCCGCUCCUAUGCCCAGCACAACGCCCUCAAGGCUAACAUGGGAGGAGUGAUGAACAGUGGUGGAAAUUCACAAGGAGGGGUCUACCUCUACCUGUUCGACCACCGAGCGUCCAACCUGGCCUGGCCCGAGUGGAUGGGUGUGAUCCACGGCUAUGAGAUCGAGUUCGUCUUCGGCCUGCCCCUGGAGAAGAAACUCAACUACACCCUAGAGGAGGAGAAACUGAGCCAACGCAUGAUGAGAUACUGGGCCAACUUUGCACGAACUGGAAAUCCCAAUGUGAACCACGACGGGCUGGUGGAGAGCAAGAAGCGCUGGCCUCUGUUCACCGUCAGCGAGCAGAAACAUGUCGGACUCAACACCGAACCACUGAGGAUCCACAAAGGUCUGAGGAAUCAGAUGUGUGCUUUCUGGAACCGCUUCCUGCCACGCCUCCUCAACAUCACUGAUAACAUAGAUGAGGCAGAGCGUCAGUGGAAGGUGGAGUUCCACCGCUGGUCCUCCUACAUGAUGCACUGGAAGAGCCAGUUUGACCACUACAGCAAGCAGGAGCGCUGCACUGACCUCUAGGAGCCUCGGCGGAGAGAUGAGAGAAUGACGGGGAGGGGGGAGGCAGAGAGAACAAGCUGUGGCCAUUUUCCUCCAUAGCCCCCUCAGUGAAGUCUAACUUCCUUCAAAACUUUAGUUUUCUUUGUGUUUCACUCCACACACAAGCACUGUUGAUCCUUAUUUGUAUUAUUUAUACUAUUUAUUUAUGUGUUGUUUUUUUCUGAAUUUGUGUGUGUCUCUGUGGAAAUCAAGGGCUAUGGAGGGAAGUCGGCAUCAACAUGGAGGAAUAUUAGAAAUGUCAAAGAUGUGUCAUUACCUCGGGUGUGUGUGCGUGCGUGCACAUGUGUGUACGCGCGUGUGUAUGUAUGUGUGUGUGUGUGUGUGUGUGUGUGUGUGUUAGGCUUGAAAGCCCCCAGUUUAACUCAAAUCUCGACACUGCACCACUGCUGGUUUACUGUUGACUCAUUUGUCUUUGUGUCGAUCUCAUCUUUGGUUUUCUGAGGAUUCCUUCUUUUGCAACAUAUCAGGGUUUUAUGUUUUUGGACUCAACUACACUGUUUGUUUCUGUCGAGGCCUUUUAGUCUUGUUCAUUUUUUGACCACUGUUCUCAUUUUCCUGUGGUGUUCACUUUGUCUUGUGUGUUUCUCGUGUGGUAAAGCCAUAAGCUGGGUUACAUCACUUUGUUUUUGUGUGAAAAGGCUCCAUAAAAAGGCUAUAUUUCCCUCUAUAUUAGGAAAACCACUCUGUGCUAGUUUGACAUGACGUCGGUUUGUAAGUUGAGAUGCUUCCAUUCGUACCGUGGAUGGUGUAUGAUGUUCAGCCCAACUGAUUGGUGCCUAAUUUACAUUUCAAAAGUUCACUUUAAAUCAGCUUGACGCUUGAACAGAAACAGAAACAUGUCAUGUCAAUGUUAAUGGCCCUCCUCAGCUUCAACUCGCCGUCUUAUUUGCAUAUCUGCGUAGCUGGGACAGAAAUAGGGUGCAGGGGGAGCGGAAAAACUCAAAAUGCCUACUGAUAAUGUAAGAAAGCAGUCAAAAUAAAGUCAAAUAUCCCUGCAAAUGCAUCACAAAUGCAAAAGCUCCACUGUUAAGUUAAAGUGUAACAAGAAAAAAUAGCCUAUUUUAAGCAGGACUUAAAGGAAUAAUUCACCCACAUAAUGAUCAUUUGUAUAUCAAUUACUUACCCCAUCUUAAGUUGAAUGCCUAAAGAAAACUAUUUUCCUCGCUUUUCUCUGUGGUGAACAAAGAAUCCAAAAAUGGAGGACAAAUUCUAGAUGAAUUGGAGUAAAUGGGGUCCACAUUUAACAACAGCAAAAUUAUGUCAAAACAUCAGUUUACAAACACGGAAAUAACUUGUGCAAUAUUAUCCAAAUCUCAUUUAUCCAGUUGUAUGCUCACUAUUUCCCAAACAUAUGCAGUUUCAUUAAAUUUGUAAUAUUUCAAACAGUCCCGCUUCAUGAGGAGCACCUGAGCAACUCAGUGGAGCAGAGUUCAAACGCAUACUUGCUCAGGCGGGCUACUUGUUUGUAAACUGGUGUUUUGAUGUUGUUUUGCUGUUGUUUAAUUACACCCUUUUUUUGCAAUUCAUCU